CACCCCCACUCCAUUUGUUUGAUAUUUAAACAUUUCAGCUCCAUUUAAUUAUCAAAUUGCCUUUAUUAUUUUUUGCAUUGUUCUUUUGUUACCCCGCAUUUACCAUUUUAUACCUCUACAUUCUCGAUCCACCUGGGCCCCGACACACAUAACUGCUUAUCUCCGGCCGAGCCUCGCAACAGUAACAGACCGCAGCAUUACAUUUCCACCAACCAGACCCUUUAUCAUCGGCAAAGGUCUUCUUCGCUACCUUACAGAAACAAAAACAACACUAUUUUACACAAAUACUACUCGAUAACAACAUGGGCUGCCGCAAGUGCCGUGGAUGGGAAGAGAGCGAGUGCUGCUUGAGCCAGCACACACAAUGCGCCUGUGAUUGCCAUACAUCCUGCGACUGCGCUUUCUGCUACACAAUCCAGCUCAAGGCCCGGUCAUUACCCGCGCACCUGGUGCCGCACACACACACAAUGACGCCAAAAACAGCAACGUCUCUGCUCAGCUCAGUUCUGCGGUUAGAAUCGCGAUCCAGCUUAUCAUCGCUGGAUGAUAGAAACAACUUCAGAUUGCAUAUGCAAGGACAAGGCCAGGUGCCGGCUGCUGAUGACCACAAGUUGACUAAAUCGCGGAAAUGGUCGCGUCGCAGCUCGUUAUUGAAGCCGCUGCGUCUUUUUGCCUGAGCAUGAUAUGCCAGGCAAGAAAUUGCCUCUCACUAAUUAUAUGUAAACAAUUUUAUUUUCACAUUCUACAUCUUUUAUUUUCUCCCGCCAGAGCAAUGAUAGGGUAGCAUUAUUUGGGAUUUUCACUUUUCUUCGUUUUCUCUAUCUGUCUUUUGUUCCUUCUUGAUUUUCCGUAAUAAAGGGACGCUGGUCUUUCCUUCAUCCGAAUUUGGCCGCAAUAAACUUGUUUACUUUUUCAGUACCAUUAUAAUAUCCUUGUCAAUACGAAUAAAU